CCUACUCACUCCACCCUCUGGUAUGUCACGUCCCGCGCCCACAGGCGACACAGUCCCACGGCACGGCGCAUCCGGUACGGUACCAUCCGCGAAACAUCCUGCCCGAACCGCCACCAUAUAUUCGAGGCUGCACACGCCCGCAGCAUCGAUCACACGGACGGGCACCCAUUAAUAUCCAGCCAUCGUCCAGCGCACAACAAGCAAAGCAAAGCAGAUCAUGGCCGCUGCGGGGGGCAAGUCGAAACUUGCGGACGCCGCGGCGCGGUGCAGGAGGCACCCGAGCCACCGGCACGCGGCGGGCGUGUGCCCCUUCUGCCUCAGCGACCGCCUCGCGCGCCUCUCCGUCACAGGCACCGCCGCCAAAGAAACCUCGGCCUCUUCGUCGUCGGCGUCCUCUCCGCGCUCGUCCGGGCAGGCGAGCAGCGUGAGCGUUGCCGCACCGCCGUCAUGCCGCGAGGCGAGGCGGGCGAGGCUGGGGCUGCUGAUGCGGCAGGAGGAGACGGAGGCGCUCGGCGCUGCGGGCCGCCACGGCCAAGAGGAGGAGAAGGCGGCGGCGCCCACCGAGGGGAAGAAGACGAAGAAGGCCAACUUCUGGACGAGGCUGCAGCAGGGGAGCUGGUACAGGAAGGACGGGUGCUCGCUGGCGCACUCCAAGGCGCCCGGGGAGAAGAGCUCUGCGCCGCCCAAGUGCGCGCCGCUGUUCUGAACUCCGGCGCGGGCCGCGGGGAGCGAAGGACGACGUGCAGUGAGCGACGAGAGGUUCUGGUCGUGUGCUGUUCCAACCUUCCAACGUUAUACAUUGCUGGAUUCCCUGACACCUUUUCGGUAGUUCUCUGUUUCCUUUGGUCUGUGCCUGUUGGUGCGCGGUUGUUGGAAGGACAGCCUAAUGGCUUGUCCAGUUUUGUACAGAUCACCGAGGAAAUAACUUGCACUCGACUCGAUAGCAGCGUUUGUUUCCCCGUCAUGAUCAAACCUGUCGAUGUAUUUUGUUAUGUUUAUUGACAUUAUUGUGAUGUAACUUGGCUUUGUAACUUGGUCUGUCGCUUUUGUAGUUCUAACUCAGAUGGCGUUGUGGUAAAGAAAAGUACCCCUUCAAGUAUUAA